AUGCUCUUACGGAGCAUGCUCCCUGGCUUUUCAUGUGGCAGCCCUACAAAGUCGUCGGAUACGUGGAACAUCAUGGUGCCCUGCCCUCUGCAGGACAUGCUCGUCUUCAUUCCCAUCGAUCCUGCUGUCUCCAGCAGGGAUGUGGACUGCUUGCUCUUGAAGAAUCACGUCUCUGCUACAGUGGCCGGUGAGGCCAUUUUCGACGGAGAGCCCGGCCUGGAGAUCGACCAGGAUGAGAGCGACUGGGAGAUCGAGACCCGCGCCGGGCGAAGGGUUUUGUGCAUCCGGAUGCGGAAGGCCGGAUCAAAAGGGCUGGGCGUCAAGGAAGACUGUUCCAACUUCGACUCGCUGCCGGAUCUCGGGUUCGUAAUGGCCGGCCACACCUUGAAGCUGACAGCAGAGGAUUACGUUGACCGUGACGGCCAUACUUGCACGUUGUCGCUGAUGACCAUGGACGUGCCACCGCCGAAAGGGCCGCUCUUCAUCUUCGGCGAUCCUCUCCUGCGCAAGUACUACACGGUCUACGACCGCGAAAACCUGCAGGUUGGUUUCGCAAUGGCUGCGCAGCCAAGGCGCGGGGACGGCAAAGCCUGA